GGACACGUCAAUCUCGUCAUAUGUUUUCUGUCAACAAUCUGGACACACACUUGAGCUUUGGGAGCUUUGAGAAAUUAAUAAUUGUUAAAUUACAAACCUAACAUGUCAGCUGUCGACUGGGAGGAAGUCAAGCGAUUAGCGGCCGAUUUCCAAAAGGCACAGCUCUCUUCUUCAGCACAAAAGCUCUCAGAGAGAAAUUGUAUUAUCGUGGUUGGUCACUUGAUUCAUGAGAAACUCCUUGAAGUCAUCUCUACCUCUGAUGGAAAAGAGUAUGUCACUCCACAGCACCUGAGUCGAGAAAUUCAAGAUGAGCUGUACGCCAGCAAAGGCCGAAUCAACAUGGUGGAGCUGGCGAACAGCUUGAACGUGGACCUGACGCACAUUGAAGCUCGGUGCGUAGAGCUGGUGAGGACGCCCGAGACGGGCUGCUCAAUCAUCUUGGGCCAGCUCAUCCACAACAGCUACCUGAAAACCUUGGCCGUGUUGAUAAACGAGACGCUGCAGCUGAAAGGCACGCUCAAUGUGUCGGAACUCACCACCCAGUACGACCUACCCGGCGACUUCCUCCAACAUCUGGUGGAGAAAGAGCUGAACAAGUCGAUCCACGGGCAGCAAGACGCCAAGGACCCUCGCGUCUUCUUCACCGAGAGGUUCGUGGCCCGUUGUCGAGCGGCGAUCCGAGGCGCCCUGCUCGGCAUCCAGAAGCCGACGCCCAUAGCCAGCAUUUUGGCCAUCUGCAACGUGUCGGAAAGGCUGUUUUUCUCAAUUUUUGAAGGUCUCAAAGACUCGAAACAAAUCGCUGGCGUGUUGAGCGGAAAGCAGGGCCUGAACGCCUUCUUCGUGCCGGCCAUUUACAGUAAGGGCCAAAGCGAGUGGGUCAACAACUUUUACAAGCAAAACGGAUAUUUGGAGUACAGCUCGUUGACGCGUCUGGGCAUUUCCGACGCUCAAGGCUUUAUUAAAAGAAAUUUUCCCAAUGAAAAGAUUUUGUACCUUCCCUCAUGCGCCGUCGGCCCCCUUCUGUUCGACCAGGUGGAGGCUUCUAUCGAGGAUGCGGUAUCCACAAGUUCUUGGAUAGACCUAAUGCCGAUUUUGCCAUCCGUCAUGUCAGAGCAAGAUGCAGCACAAAUUGUGCAAGAUGCGUUGAGGAAGAACAAGCAGACCAAGGCGGAAGUUUUAUGCAUGAGCAUGGUGGUGCCGUCAACCCUCAUUUCUUCACUCACCAAUGCGCUUGAGCCUCUCGUCCAAGUCAAGGCCCAAGAGGCUGUUAACUCUGGAAAAUUCUUGCAAGCCGAGGCUGAACAGCGAAUGCAAGCGACAAUGAGUAAAAAGUCCGCUGCUCUGGAUGAAGAUGGUGGUCGCACCUCAAAACAAGAUGAGCGGCGGAAAAAGGCGACAGGAGGCAAGGGUGGGGGCGGCACUCAGGGUCGAGAGACCAAAACCAAGUCAAUCAAGAAGAAAACCUACGGAAAGAGUCACGCCGACUCGGAUGAUGACGAUGACGAAACUCCGGCGCCCGUGUCCAAAAAAUCCGGCCUCGUGGAGAUGAUCACAGUUAAGGACAUUAAAAAGGAGUUUGUCAGCCAGGCCAGUCUGAAUGACUGCCCCGACGAAUUGAUCAACGAACUGGCUGCCCGCAUUUUGCCUUCUGUUCAGCAGCAGGCGAACCUGGCCGCACGCAAAAUCGCCGAGACGGCCAAGGCGUCGCAGGUGCAGUCGUCGCGGCGGACGCACGGGGAGCUGCAGGAGCGGCUGUCCAACCUCUUAUCCAGCAUCCGCAUGUUCGAGAAGGGCAUCAAAAUGUUCCAGUCGGACAGUGAGACGCAGAAGGGCCUGACCAAGUACAUGCUCAAGUCACUCGGUUCGGAAAUCAUGGGCGAGAUCAUCAAGUACGUCGGGCAGGAACAUCAAAUCAGCACGGCCGUUCCCACAGAGGCCAGCAGCAUCACUCCUGAGCUGAGAAGCAAAAUUCUGAACGAGCUGCCACCGACGCUGAAGCAAGUGCUGGAGCCGGUGCACAAAGCUCUGGUAGGUGCUUCCUUGGACGACUUCCAAGCCACAGUCGAGGCUGCCCUUGCGCCUGGUGCGUGUGACGUCAUGAUCAGAAAGCCAGACAAGAAAAAGGAGAGACAAGGCCUGUUGGCGCACAGGAUGACCCUCCUCGGCCAGCUGGACGAGUGCAGCGACCCGGCCGUGGCGCUGCACCUGACCGUGCUGCUGCUCUUCCAGGCGGCCACCCAGCAGCCGCUGCACGCUUCGGGCAAGUUCGUCAUGCCCAUCCUCGUCUUCUUGAAACCCAGUCUACCUGAUGACACAUACAAUACUCUGCAAAAGUACCAUGAUCUGGUGAUAAGCUUCUUGUCAACCGACAAUGAGAAUGAGAAGGAAAACGUCGGCACGCUGCUUGCAAACGAACUGGCCACCCUGAAGGAAAUUGCGCACACGAUGAAAAAACUGCCCGUUUCCGACAAAGCCGACAAGUCUGAGCUUUGAAGUGUUAUUUUUGUUACAAAUGAAAAGUUUAUGUAUUUACAAAAGAAUAAAACAUCGUUUUUCUAAAUUUA